CCUCGGCACUCACUAGCCACAUCCCAUAUUCAACCCGGGACUUUGAAUUGUGAUCAAUGGCCCAGGUCAAUCAAUCGCUUUCUUUGGCCAUACUCCUCACUACUAGGUUUCUCUUUUCUUAGAUCCUCAGAACACCACCUGCGGUCAUGUCCUUGCUCGCAAUCAUUUCGUAUCCAAGAUAAAGGUGCCUCAUACCCGUCCAUCACGAUGAUAUCAGCCACGCGUCGCUGGAUCAGGCGAAACCGGAACGGCAUCGCAAUUGGUGCAGGGCUCGUUGGCGCAACAUAUCUAGCUGGACAAUAUGUGUUGGGAAAGAUACGGGAGGCGCGAGAGCGUAUGCAGAUGGACAGGAUAGCAAAAGAGAACAUUCAACGACGAUUCGAGCAGAACCAGACAGACUGUACUAUAACUGUCCUCGCGCUCCUGCCUACAUUGACCGAGAAUGUCCUCGAAGAACUGCCUGUCGAGCAGUUAACUCAUGAGUUACAGCAAAAGAAAGCCGAAAGGCUGGCACGUGCUUCGGGCGAAGGAAGGUCAGAAGCUUCAAGCAUGCAAAGUGGUGAUACUGUCAGCAUGUCGAGCUUUCAAACCGGUAGUUUCAUGCACACCAGCCAGAUGCAAGGAGAGAGUACCACACUAGGACCUCGAAGGACAAAAGCACAGCUUUGGAACGAGCUGAAGAUCACAUCAAUCACCAGAGCGUUCACGCUGAUAUACAGCCUGUCGCUCCUGGUGGUGUUGACAAGAAUACAACUGAAUCUUCUCGGCAGGCUCAACUACUUGUUAUCAGUAAUUUCCCUUGCGCAGCCUCCGCCGCCGGGAAGCGCGAAUUCGAUCUCACUAGAGGAUCACGAUGAUGGAGGCGCAGGUUCCGGGUUGGGAAACGACUUCGAGACAAACAGGAGAUAUUUGACCUUCUCAUGGUACCUCCUUCACAGAGGCUACGCACAAAUUAUGGCAAAGGUCAGGACAGCAGUUGAGGAGGUGUUUGGAAACAUCUCGCCAAACGAAGGGGUUUCAGCAACGCGACUCAGCGAUUUGGUACUUGCGGUGAGGCGGAAAGUAGAGGGAAGUUCAGAACAAGAAAGAUAUGCUACAAGGUGGCUCCCAUACAUGCUGCCGCCUCGCGAGGAGGAGGAAGCGGUGUUGAUUGAGUCAGGAGUGAUCACACCCACUCCUUCGUCUCCCAACCAAACCCAUGACGAGAGACAACUUGGGGAAGACAGCUCUUCUGGCCAUAUUGACACCUCGUCAGGACCUCUGCGUCAACUUCUUGACGAAACGGCUGAUCUCAUUGACUCUCCCAUAUUCACGAGGAUUCACACCCUGCUUUUGGGGUCAAUGUUCUCAAAUUUGGUGGACGCCCAUGUCAUCGCACAGGCUUUCCCUCAACAAUCACUUCACUCGCCCUCGACGUCGCUAUCUGGCACACAACAACCUCGAAUUCAAGAGCUAGAUUCCGCAGUGACCGUCGUGCCCGGGGAACCGAGGGUGAAACUCGCAAGUCUGUUGGCCAUCAUCACCCGCCAGGCUCACGCCAUUGGCAACGGCAACAACCCGCCCAACGAAUACAUCUCGACAGCAGAGGCGGAAGUGAAAGAACUGGAAGCUUUUGCCGCCUUGAUCUACGCCAGCAACCUAGAUCAAAGUCUUGAAGAGAGGCAGUCGGCAGCCUCCUCUUCGGACGAAGGCAUCAAAGUGUCGGCUGGAACGGGUGUCAGUGAGGUCGGCGCGGAGCAUGUGGACGAGAUGAUUGAGAGCAAGCUUGAAAGCGCGUGGACGAAGGUUACCGGAACAACCUUCCAAUCAAGGUGAUGAGUUAUGAGUAAGUCCACAUACAGAAAAGAGCUUUUUCAAUGAAAGGAGGAACAAACGGCAGCCUUUGCUGCCUACCUAGGAAUGACUAAGUGACAACCUGAACCUAUGUUUACCUGUGCCGCUGGUCGCUGGCAUGUAAGAGUAUUUCAUAUCGUACCGUACACAUUCUGGACGACGGAUUACAGGCUCGACUCAUUGCGGUCGUAUAGUUUUUUCUCAUAUUGAAGCGGCGAAAUAAAUACUAAACAGAUCUCACACUUACA